AUGUCUAGAACCUCAGGAAAAGGUGACGUUGACGGAUUGGGAUCGAAUUUUGCUUCGGGAAGUGUUCAGCGAAAGUUCGAUGAAUUCCCUACUUCAGAGUCUAUUCUUUCCACUGAUAUCUCAACAGCAAUGGUCUCGUCUAGAUUAAGUUCUACCGAGCUGCUGAACGUAGUUGUUGCUCGAACUCCUGCUAAUCGAAAUUCAUCCCCUACAAUUUCACCGUUGGCCUGGGAGUUGCAUCGUUCCGGCAAACAGGAAAAUCGUCAUUUAAAUAAGGAUUAUUAUUGUGGAACUUCACCAAUAAAUGUUACAAUCUCGAGCCCAGAGGACUUGACUACUUUGUCUUCUGUCGAAACUGAUGACCAAUUGCUGAGAACAAAGUCUAACGCUUUAAUUUUCGAUAAUCCGGCGAAACCUACCAACGUAAAUGAUGAUUCGCAGCUUCCGGGGCUUGUGGGAAGGCAUUCUUCUCAACCUAGAAGUAGGCAUUUAUCUUCUAUUGCCCAUAUAAUAACGCCUCAAUAA